AUGACACCCAAAGGGAAUUACCAUCUGGGCCCUCAUGAUGUUAAGGUCCAGAUGAAAGCUAUGGGCAUAUGUGGAAGUGAUGUUCAUCAUUUCAAGUUUGGUCAAUUGGGUUUUAAUCAUGCGACUGCAACUUCAGGCCCUCAUGAUGUUAAGGUCCAGAUGAAAGCUAUGGGCAUAUGUGGAAGUGAUGUUCAUCAUUUCAAGUCAUCUAUAUUCAUCAUCCUCCUCUCCAACUAGCAACAGUGCAACAUAAUAUGCAAUAGCCGGGGUUUGGUUGGAACAUUGAUCCUUAAUCCCCAAAGGUAUCAAUUUGUUCUAUGUAAAAUGGGAUUUUGUAGCAGAUGCUGAUUUGUUUGAAAAUUCUUGUUAUUUAGGAGAAUGGAUGGAGGUAUUUUUCAUACUGCAUUGCUUAUCUUUUCAUGCUUUUUUUAUGGUGGGCAGUUGCU